UAUUUUGGUAACUCAAAGAUAAGCGCUGCCGAGAAAUUGUUCAGAUCAGAACGGGAGAGAAAAAUGGCGGCGAGAGUACAGGGUUCGCCGGCUCUUUACUACUGCUCUUCUUUCCUUCCCGUCUUAUCCCGCCAGGCCCGACCACAUAAUUGGAUCAUCCGCCACUUCUUUUCGAACCUAUCCCUGUCUCGUCGGCGAACAGCCCUUGCCCUCUCCGGUCAUGCCCGGCGCGGCUUCUCCUUCCAAGAAGACAACUUCGCUUCCCCUGCUGAUUUGUAUUUCGAGGCCCCGCUCAAGAUUGUGCAAUAUCCGGAUGCCAGAUUGAGGGUUAAGAACAAGCGCAUCAAUACCUUUGACGAGAAUUUGAAGAAGUUUGCGGACGAGAUGUUUGAUGUAAUGUACAAAACUGAUGGCAUAGGGUUGUCGGCACCCCAAGUUGGAAUGAAUAUUCAGCUCAUGGUUUUUAAUCCUGCUGGUGAACGUGGUGAAGGAGAAGAAAUUGUCCUUGUGAACCCUGUAGUGCACAAGGCCUCUAAAAAGACUCUUCUAUACAAUGAAGGUUGCUUAUCGUUUCCUGGAAUCUAUGCCGAUGUAGUGAGACCAGCUUCUGUCAAGAUUGAUGCCAGAGAUGUAACUGGUGCAAGGUUUCGGGUUAAUCUUGCUGGCCUUCCUGCACGAGUUUUCCAGCAUGAAUUUGAUCAUUUGCAGGGAACCCUCUUUUUUGACCGGAUGACUGAAGAUGUGCUUGAUAGCAUUCGGUUAGACUUAAAGGCUUUAGAGAAGAAGUAUGAAGAUCUGACUGGGCAGCCUAGCCCAGAAAAGAUAGACAAUUACAAACAAAGACAGGAAUUUGCUGAUUUUGCCAGAAUUUGAAAUACAUGUAGGCUUGCCCGUAAGUUACUUAUUGGAAAAGUGCUUCCCCUUUCUCAGUUUUCUUAUCUAUAUAUCUGCUCUUCUGAAGUAAUGCGGUCAAAGCUCUUUUAUAUUUAAAUGUACUUAACUUAGCUAAAGUUUAUCCAUUAAGUGUUGUUUGAAUCUAUUUUGGUGAGUUGUAUACAGUAGCUUUUCUAUUACACAUGUGGCGUCUCUAUUCAAAACAUGGAGUAGAUUAUCUCCUAUUUGUAUAUUUGUAAGCUUAGUAUAUCAUGAGACAUGUAUUGGAUGAUUAAUGAUUGGAA